UCCGUGUCACUCCGAAUGUGCCUUACCUUAUGACCAAGGUUGCAGCUUUGCCUGUUCACAAGGAGUUUGGGCUAGGGUACCAAAUCCAUUUAAGAGAUAAGGAGAAGAAAGUUUUUUUUGUCAUCUUGCCAAACCGGAUUCCGAACCAGAUUGGUUUGGAAAGUUUCGGCCAAUACAGUGCAGACAUUGAGAGCCGUAAACCACCUUUUUUGAUAUUUAAAGGCAUGGAUGGUAGUGCUUUCGAUAUUGCCAUCAAACCUUUUUCUGUUGAAAUGGCGAAGUUAGCUGUGCAUGGUGAAGUGUUCGUUGAAGCAGAAGUUGAGCAGCCUGGAUUGGAUACGUCGCUUGAUUGGCUGGAUGAGCUGACUGCUGCUGGCCCGUCUGAAGAAGUUGAGAAGUUGCAGGAGGAGAAGAGGAGUUUGCCAGUAGAUGUAGAUGAUGAUGAUAAAGAUAAAGUUGAUGCUUCUCCAGCCAAGAAAGUUAAGAUGGAAAAAUGAUAUGGUUUGGAGUUGGUUCUUUAUUU